AUGUCAAACUCAGUUCAUUACUUUUUAAAGAUAAAACCUUACACUGAAAUAUCUUCUUUAUCAGAAUUUAAUACAGUCAUUAAAACAAAUUCUCGUGUCGUUGUUGACUUCUAUGCAUCAUGGUGUGGUCCUUGUAAAAUGAUUAGUCCAGUCUUUAUUGAACUAGCACAAGACUAUCCCCUUAUUAAAUGUAUUAAAGUAAAUGUAGAUACUUCACCUGAAAUAGCAAGAGAGUGUGGUAUCCGGUCAAUGCCAACUUUCAGAUUUUAUAGACAAGGAGGACUAGUAAAAGAAUUUACUGGAGCCAACCCAUCUCAUUUAAAAUAUGAAUUUUCCCAUCUCUAA